AACAAUCUUUACAAUGGCCACUAUUCAGUGCAGUGCCUGCCAUAAUAGGAGCCAGUGCCUGGCUUUUCUAUUGUAUCUGCCAGUGUAUGUUGUGUUUGUUUUUCUGAAUAGCAGGCUGAAUUUGGAUCCAGAGCACACAACAGAUGGAUAGUGACUGACUAAGUGUGUCUCUGUAAGUCAAGGGUGAUUUACGGCAUUGGAUUCAUUUCUUCCAUUAAGCUCUGCAGUAUCUGUGGUAUCAACUUAAGGCCCUGAAAUAACCAGACCAGAAAAAGACCCAGAGAAAGGGUCAGGAAGUAAGUUCAGAGCAUUUCAAGAGUCCGUCUGCAACAGGUGUCUAACUCCAUCCCUCCACAUAAGACUAAUUUAAAGCACAAUGGAAGGCACCCAAACUUUUCUCUGUCUGUUUCUCCUGCUCAACCAUCUUACGUUCUGUCCUACUGAUGCCGACCGAGACCUAUCAACCAUGCGGCCUUAUUCGCACAAAACAGAAGAUCAAGGAGGCAGCUCAACCCCAGCUGUGGAGCCCAGACUCACAACCAUUGGCCACACAAACUCACCUGAUACAGACACCAAUGGCACUCGUGUCAACUGCUUGAUUGACACAGAGAUGGGUUUGAUUGCUAUAGGUUCAGCAGGGGGGCUGAUUUUAUGCCUACUAGUUGCCACCAUGGUAUUGGCAUGCCAGAUCUGCCUCAUUCAAGGACGUGUUUAUGCCCCCCCAACCUCCCGGUCCAACAUGGACUUUGUCAGCGGUACGGGCUACUGGGGCAUUGACCGGCCAGAGGUUGGAGGACUGGUUGGACCGUGUGAUGCCAGUUUCAUGCUCGAGGAGGUGAAAGAAGACAGCAAGAUGGAGAAAGCGGUACAGGCUGAAAUACAAGAGACAAGGCAAGAAGCUAAGGCAGGACUUGAGGAAGGGGCUACAGCAAUGGCUUUUGAUCCUGAAGGGAAGGCUUAUCAGAUGCAGAGCUCCAGCUCCAAGAACUCCUGUCUGGAGGUUCCCAGGGAUCUAGAGGACAUGCCACUUGUUGUGUAAGGAGGUAUCUCAAACCAAUCAGUUCAACUGGGUAUUUUUUAUUGGCAAGUUUUAUUUAUGUUCCUUUUCCAAUUUAUUUUACCUUUAUAGUUUGAAAUUGGGUAUACUGUUGCAGAUACAACACCUUAGUUACCUGUACCCAUACCAAAAAAGAUACCUUACCUUACUUUGAGAAAUAUAAACACAGGACCCUUUGUCCUCAGAAAAAUUGUUUGUAAAAAGAAAAAAUAACAACCAUAUAAAAUCUUAAACAAGGGGAAAAAACAAAAGAAGCCUUAGCUAUUUUUUAAAAAUAAUUACAAAUAGUUUAGUUAAAAUAAUAACAAUUCUAGAUUUUUUGUGAUAAUAAUAGUGCUGCUGACUGUACUACUCAACUAUUUCUCCUGGCCAAGUCUUUUGUAAAGAUGUAUUGUUGGCCAAGUUAUUGUCAGACACAAUAAACAAAUAUUUUAAUAGAGUGAAGUGUAUAUUUUUCAUGAUAAUUAAUUAAGUAUAACUUUUAAUGUUUUUUACAUGUUUUUACACACUUGCUUAGCAAUAUAUAAUAAUUACUGUAAGACUGCUUAAUUUGGCUCAAUGUUUGGUUUUUACAACAUAAAUGUUAAAUAAAACACAAUGCAUUUAAUAAAUAAAAAAUAGGUAGAUCAACACACUUAUCUAAGCAUCAAAGAUAUCCGAAGACAAGGUAUGACACCAGGGACCUUAUAUGCUGCCGUAACCAUGUUAAAAUGUCCGCUAAUAGUCCUUGUUGUACACGUCUGUGUUAUAUAAAUUUUACCUUUGUUGCAAACUUUUCAAUACAUUUUUCAAACCUGUUAAAAUGUCAGGUUUUAAAUAAAGGGAUUUUUGCAUUAUUUAUUUGCCU